AUGUGCACAUCCAUCCACCAUUUGGAGGUGUUUCAAUUGCGGUUAUCAAGGCAGAUUUUCCAGACCCAAAAGCUUAGUACCAGUGGAGAGGCUGAUGAGGACUGCAAUCAGGCCAACCACAGUUUAUUGGCUGACAUUGGUGUAAACCUCCUUGACCGACAGAGAGAGCUAGCUGCUAGUUUUUUUCCUGGUCAAGUAAGUGCCGGGCUUCGUGAAGCUCUGUUUUGGGAUUCAAAUCUUGAACACGCUGAUCCCGAUUUUAUGGAUCCUGAACAGCUGAUGCCUUGGUACCACUGGUUUGAAAAGUGGGGAACUGAUAAAUUGGACCCCUUCAAGGCUGUAACACAUCGUCUUGCAGAACUUGAUGAAGAUCUUCCAUGGACUUCAACUCAGGUGUUAGAGAUGCAUCGAGGUGAAUCACCACCGCUGAAUAGCAAUGAAGAAGCUGUCUCAUCGGUUGUUGUACCUCCCAAUCUACCUCUUGAUGUCACCAGCAUUGACGCUCCUCUACCUUCCAGCCCGCCGCUUUUACCAUUGUCCUCAGGCCGGUCCCGGCGCUUACGUAUUGUCAAGUAUAGUGGUGCACGGUUUUGCCAUGAUCAUUUGCCAGUAUAUAAUGGCCAGAUGUUGAAGCGCAAACAAACUUACUUGAAAAUGAGGCAACCUCCGCCAACACGCUAUCUCAUCUCGAUGUUGCUCCGCAAAGCCGGAACAACCCUUAUUGGAAAGGGGUCAGAAAAGAGUAGUGCAGCUGAUACUACUGAUAAAUUCUUUGAUGGCCGUAAGAAUCAUCCCUAUGUUAGAGAAUUCGGUCGUCCAUCAAUCUGA